AUGCAGUUAUCGAGCCCAAGAGAAGAGGGGAGACAGACAUCGGUUGUGGAUUCAAAUUGCGUCCACGAGGGACAAUCAGCUCCGGUUAACGCAAGAGUUGAAUGUGACGAAACAGAAUCUACAGAAGCAGGCCAGGAUGAUGUUUCCUCGAGACUCCAGAAUGCUGAUUUCAUUGGGGAUGAUAACGGUGACAAGCCUGAGGAUGUGAGGAAACCUGAGCCUCGUGCGAAAUUGACAACCUCUGUUGCACAUGACCUCAACCAGGCAGGUGUCAGCUGUCAAACAGCUGAGUCGACUGUACAAGGUUUACCUGGGAUUGUUUCAAGUGUUCGUGGGAGACCAUUAAGGCAGCGAAAGCCAUCGAUUCGGAACUUGGGUGACUGA